AUGGCUGUUCUGGUGCUUGUGCUUUUAGGGGCCCUGUUCCAGUUCGCAGAGGGUCUGGCCCUGGCCCCCAACGCCACCCGGGGCUUGGGAGCGAGCCACGAGUUCCUGCGGGACAUCGUGCGCUUCUUCGGCCACAACGAGUCCAUCACGGCGGGGAACCUGGAGGAGCUUCUCAACAUCGUGGCUGCCCGCAGGCACGGCGCCGUCUCCGAACCAGGGAAUCCGCUUCACGGACGAAAGUGCCUUUCGGCGGAGCAGAUUCUUUCCCACUGGGGCUUGGCCAACGUCAGCCAUCUGAGCGUGGGCCAUCUGGAGGCCGUUUGUCCGGCCGUGUUGACCCAGGUGCUGGUGCCCUCCUGCCCCUACACCGGCCCCCCUGAGCCGCCCCCGCCCACGCUACAUUAUUCGGUUUGGGCUUGGGGCUUCCUGUCGGUGACGCUGAUCAACCUGGCGGCCCUACUGGGCCUGCUGCUGAUCCCCUUCACCCGCAAGCCAUACUUCCCCAAAGUGCUGACGUAUUUUAUCGGGCUGGCCAUUGGCACGCUCUUCUCCAACGCCGUGCUGCAGCUAGUGCCCGAGGCGCUGGGCUUGGAUCCCAAAGCCGACAACUACGUGCACAAUGCAGUGGGCGUCUUCGGGGGCUUCUACCUCCUCUUCUUGGUGGAGAGGAUCCUCACCAUGGCGCUUCGUGUUCAACACCAGCACAAUCCGCCGUCGCAUUUCGCCACGGUUGACGACUCAUUGGCUAAUGGGGAGAAGAAGGACUCCAGGCUGGUUUUGACUAGCGUCAGCAGCAUCAGCACGGCCGAGCGCAGCAGCGUCAGCUCUCAACGCACUGAAGACAUCAAUCUCGAUCAGCAGGACGGUCGGGCUUGCUGCUUGGCCGGCAGGCGUCUAGCAAGCAUCAAGACGGUGGCCUGGAUGAUCACGCUGAGCGACGCCGUUCACAACUUCAUCGACGGGCUGGCCAUCGGCGCCUCUUUCACCGUGUCCCCGCUGGCCGGCUUCAGCACCUCCAUUGCCAUCGUCUGCGAGGAGUUUCCCCACGAGCUCGGUGACUUUGUGAUCCUGCUCAACUCGGGCAUGAGCGUCCCGCAGGCCGUCUUCUUCAACCUGCUGUCGGCGAUGUCGUGCUACGUGGGGCUGGUAUUAGGUGUGCUGCUGGGCAGCAACUUCGCUCCCAACCCCAUCUUCGCCGUGGCCGGCGGCAUGUUCCUCUACAUCGCUCUGGCUGACAUGUUCCCAGAAAUGGACGCCAUCUCACGGCAACAGGAGGGCACCCGGGCCAAGGCUCUCUUCUUCCUGAUCCAGAAUGCUGGGCUGCUCAGCGGCUUUGCUGUCAUCCUGCUUAUCACUGUGUUUGCCGGAGACAUCAACCUCGGAUAA